AUGUCACCUCUGCCAUACCACUCUUCUUCUAUUUGUACAGGCACUUUUGUCGCCCUGGCAACGGUUAUCAUCCUGAUCGUGCGUUUUGCUGUUACUGAAUUUGCCUAUCGCAAGGCUGCUUGGAAUACAGGCCUUCAUCUGAAACAGAUCGUCAACUUCAUCAUCACAGGCGUCACGGUGCUGGUAGUCGCGGUGCCGGAAGGUUUGCCGCUCGCGGUUACCUUGGCUCUUGCAUAUUCCGUCAAGAAAAUGAUGAAGGUGAGCACCUAUUUUUCUGCAUUGUCGAUACAUUCGAAAGAAAUUCCUCAGACGUUGAUCUCCACCGAGACCAGCUAUUUAUUCAUUGUCAUUUUUUUUAAUACUUAA